UACUGAAUUUUACGUUCGCUGGACGAACCGUUGAUGAAGUAUAAACUAAUUAAAUUUGGAAUCAGUUCAAUUAAAGCAAUUUGAAUCUUUAGAGUCGAUUCUUCUCAAAUAUAAAUGAGCUAAUAUUUCCUUACAGUCCUGAGUCAGUGUCAGAAAGUGAUGAUCUUGCUGUUGUCAAUUUGCCCAAAUUAAUUGAACAGAAAAUAGCUGUGAUAUUGUUGAAAUUAGAACAUAUAUAUCAUAUUCCUGCCAGAUUGUUAGAUGAAUUGUUGGAAAAACUGCAUUUUUGGUUAAGCUCGGCAUGUGCGCCACUCACAAAGCGUGCUCUUUCAGAUAUUUUCAAAAGCCAUAACCUCCAGAUCAGUCAAGCUGUUACUGAAGAAUUUGUCAAAUCUGUUUGUGUUGCUAACCCAGUGGCUCAAAUUUUGGGAAAGUACGGACCACUUGCAACGUCUUAACUAUUUCGUUGCUCAUAGAGAAAUGGAUGAAACGGCUUCUUAUUCUUUUGUUAUGCAUUGUUAAUGUUUUUCAGAUUGAUAGGGAGUUCCAUCGGAUUUCUACUGUACCACUGAUUUCUAUGUUCUUUGCUGAACUUGACCGGUACUCCCCACGUUUGAUGGAGAUCUUCAGUAGAAAAGUCGGGCAAUCAGGAAAAAAACCACCGAUCAUGGUUACCAUCUCCAAGGAUGACACUAUACAUACCAGAAUAGCCUGUGUGAUCAAGUCUCUGUGCACCUACUUGAAUGAAGACCCUGAAAAACUAGUGAAGGAAUAUUUGGAUUCAGACAUUGAGUCACAAAGUAUCAUGGAACAAACUGUGAUGGGAGUGUAUGUCAUACUGAAGGAGGGAGAACUGCCUGACGAUGACCCACAGGACAUUGGUGUCCUAAUUGAGGGUGUGGAAUUCCUCAGUGACUUGAGUAGCAUUGCGCAGGCUUGUGCUCUGUUAUUUGGACUCAUAUACUGUUUGAACCUGAGUUACCCACCAGAGCUCAAAUGCACUUUUGAAGUCUUGCAGAAGAUCUUUCUGAAUCUUAAUGGACAGAGGUUGUCAUCCAAGGCACAGUUCCUCAAAAACAAGCUUUUGGAGUAAGUGAGCUUGAAAAAUCAAGUCAAACAUAAAGUACUUUUGAAGUUCUGCAUUUUUGGCGUUCUGUGUGUGUAUAUAUAUAUGGACAACUGUUAUUCAUGGCACUGUUUCUCUAAUAUAAGCUUCUGGAGCAAGUAACAUUGAAUAAGACUUUUAAGUAAAAAAAUUCCACUUGGGAGUUUCAACUUAUUUUUUGCACAGUUCCUACAAACAAGCUACUGGA